AUGCCACUCCCUCAAAAAAGGUUUAGGAUCAAUGCAAAAAAUCUGUUUCUCACUUAUCCUAAAUGUUCAUUAGCAAAAGAGUUCGCAUUAGAAAAGCUGAGAGCUGUUAUUCUCCCAAGCAACAAAAAGUUCAUCAGGGUUGCAAGAGAGUUACAUGAAGACGAAAGUCCACAUUCACAUGUAUUAAUACAAUUACAAGGAAGGGCAAAGGUAACAAAUUCAAGAAUAUUUGAUAUUGUUUCUCCCAACUCCUCUGUUGUUUUUCAUCCCAAUAUACAGUCUGCAAAGUCUAGUAAAGACGUCAAAGCAUACAUUGAAAAGGGCGGUGACUAUGUGGACUGGGGCACAUUCCAGGAAGAAUCCAGAAAAACAAGAAAUGGAAAAAAAUCAUUGAAUGAUGUGUAUGAUGAGGCUCUGCAUACGGGUUCGGCAGAGGAUGCAUUGAACAUUAUAAGAAGGAAUGAUCCUAGAAUAUUCUCACUUCAGUAUCACAAUUUAAGGGCAAAUUAUGAAAGAUUAUUUUACAAACCAAGUGAUCCAUACAUUUCUUUCUGGGCAUACUCAUCAUUUAAUGCAACCAGGCUUAGGAAUGAGUGGCUUGAGCAUAAUUUUCAGAUUAAUGAUGCUGCGCAGCCAUGUGGGGAUAUAAUUAUACAAAGGGAAGAUCGUAUUAGGCCCAUUAGUCUGAUUCUUGAAGGCCCAAGUCGUAUUGGUAAAACUGCUUGGGCUCGUUCGCUGGGUAAACACAAUUAUAUCUGUGGGCAUCUGGAUUUCAAUCCAGCAACUUAUCAACAAGAUGUUCUAUAUAAUGUAAUUGGUGAUGUAUCUACUGUGUAUCUACGUCUGAAGCACUGGAGAGAACUCAUAGGUUGCCAAAGAGACUGGCAGACAAAUUGCAAAUAUGGUAAACCAAUACGUAUUAAAGGUGGAAUACCGCCUAUUAUCUUGUGUAACCCGGGUAGUGAUUCAAGCUACAAAGAAUACCUGGACAAAAAUGAAAACAUGGGUCUGCGUGAUUGGACCUUGAAGAAUGCCAAGUUUGAGUUCAUACACGAGCCUCUUUUCAACACGGCCCAAGCCCAAGACAGCAAUACUAGUUAUUCAUCUGGUUGUUCGCUCUGA